AUGACUAAUAAUGCCCCAUUUUGUUUUCCAGAACUUCGAACUCACAAAUGUGAGCACUGUGAAAGUUCAUUUGCUAGGCCGAGCAACCUCCAGGCUCACGUUAAUUCUGUUCACUUACAUCAACGCUCCAAUAGAUGUGACCUCUGUGAUAAGUCGUUUUCCGAUAAAGGCAGUUUGCAAAGACAUGUCAAAUGUAUUCAUCUGAAACAACGUUCCCACAUAUGUGAUCAAUGUGGUUAUUCCUUCGUUCUACAAAGUCAUCUUCGACGACAUCUCAAGGCAGUUCACUUGG